AUGUACGCCACCGUUGCAGCCAACACUCGCGCCCUCAACACAGGCAUAGUCUAUUGGACCGAAGACAAUACUAUCCCGGCUGGACCGCACAACGCUCCUUCAACAUCGCAACAACAGACACGUCCACUCAAAAAGAGCAGACUGACCAGACUUCGUAAUUUUCUACGCCUUGAUGUCGAUACUGAUGAUCAUGGUCGUUCGUGCAGAUGUGUUAGAUGCCUUCAGAUUCGUGGUCAGUUGAGCAUUCAAGUGAUCCAGGAACCUCGUCCUUCAUUCAGUCCAGCUACACCCCGUCGCGCACCGUCUCCUCCAAGACGCAGAAACUCAAGUCCACAGAUGCAGAGCACGCCAUUCAAAAGACCUAUAGCCAAACAUUAUCAGACUGAAAUAAGCAACAAAGUUCUUCCUCACAUACCUUCUCUGACGUCUCCAUCCCCUGGCGCUCCUGGAUACAUUCCAUCUCAGCCUAUUUGCAGUUCGAUACGCAGAAAACCUCUGGCCCCUAGUGCCUUAGUCUUUCCCAGUCAGCCCAUUCCGGUUCCAGAGCCCUCUGAUUCUGUCUCACCCAUUUCGCCUCCAGCUUUCAGUGCCUGCUUUGAUAGCGCACCCAUAAGCCCACUGUCUCCGGCAAUCUCGAUGACUGCUUCAGAGCCCGACUUUGACCAGACCAGAAUCAAUCGCAUGAGUACCUACUCGUACCUUGAUGGGAAUACUGACUUGUCUGCCUUUGCGACCACUCCUUAUGCCGAGACUUUUGCCAUCAGAGAUGCUACUCCAGUCUCCUUUCAGAAAGUCAAACCUGUCAGGGUCUGGGGUCCUGUAAGAUCUGCUACUCCAUUCAACUCACGUGGUGAACGUCCCAAACUGACUUUGCAACUCAGAUCAGUGAUUGUUAAUCGACCCGAUAUCAUUCGUGGUCCCAGCAUCAGAUCCAUGGGCUGUGUUGUCGGUUCGACAGAGUACUCACCAUUUUCUGCUUCAACUGGCGGUGCUUCAGACACGUCGACUGACAAUGGUUCGCUAGGCACUCACGCCAGGAUUCUCAAAAAGGUUUUGGUUGAGUCCUUGGAAGCUCAGGAAAAUCUUGCUGGAGUUUUCAUAUUGGGAAGUGUCAAGGAGUUAGUUGAACUUUACAAAUGA